UGGUGCCCAUUGUUGUGGGCGUGUCUGAGCAGUCCCAGUGCCAUAUAGCAGCCCAGGUGGGACGAGUGGGAGUGAUCAGAGCUCCAUGGCUGACUCCACUGUACCCCCCUCGCUGCCCUGUGGCCUUAUCAAUGCCGCCAACCGGUACCUGAGCGCCGAGCCCUUCCGCUUCCAGGUGGUGGCCACGGGCUUGGUGCUGCGGCUCCGCCAGGUCUGGAUGCUCCGCUUCGUGCCCUCACAGGGAGCCGGAGCGGCCGGGCAGGCUGAGGAGAGCGGGCAGAGACUGCAUCUGCUCAGCUGGCUGCAGCGCUUCCUGGCGGCCGAUCCCAACGGCAAAGUCACCUGUGACCAGGAGAGCCCGGGCCCAGGUGCCCUCUUCCUGCUGCGGCAGUACCCAGAUGGCAAGGUGUGCAAACUCCACCCACCCCGAACUCUCCAUUGCCCCCCACCCCAGGCACCAGCUCCACUGACCCCGGGCCCCCCUCCUACUGCAGCAGCACCUGAGGGCAAGGUGUGAGCCCCCACCUGCCCCAGCACCUAGCACCCACAUACUGCUGCCAUAUCAGCCCAUCUGAUGGUAGAGCCCGCAGCCCCCUGCCCUCCCUAUGGGCAAUCUCCCAGCACCCCGGCUAGGGGGACCUGACAACUGGGGGAGGAGCAAAGCUGGCUAGGGC